AUGACUUCUCAGGCACAAGCCGUCACCGUGUCGCUCCAUGACCUCAAAGAAGGCAAAAUUCCUUUCGAAACCCUUCAAGAAGCAUUCGGCCCCAACUCUCUCGGCAUCUUGGUCAUCAAAGAUGUGCCCCAGGACUUCCCCCAGCUGAGACACCAAGCCCUCUCCUACGCCUCAUACCUCGGCAACCUGCCCAAGGACGAACUCGACAAACUCGAAAACUCCCACGCCAAAUACCUCACCGGUUGGUCUCUCGGCAAAGAAACGCUCAAAAAUGGGCAGGUCGACACCUUCAAGGGCUCCUACUACGCCAACUGCGCCUUCUACAUCGACCCGUCCCUCGAGUGCGCCGCCCCAACCGACGCCUUCAGCCCAGAAACAUUCCCUGAGUACCUGUCGCCUAACAUCUGGCCGCCAGAGUCUGUCCUGCCUGGCUUCAAGCCCGGCGUUACGGAUCUGUGUCGCCUGAUUAUCGACGUCGGCGUCCUCGUCGCCCGCGCUUGCGACCGCUUCGCCGAACAGGACAUUCCGGGAUAUCCCAAAGGCUACUUGGAGCACGUCGUUAGUUCGUCCAGCACCACCAAGGCCCGCCUGCUACACUACUACCCGCAGGACGUCGACCCCGCUGCCGGCGUUGACGCUGAUGAAGAUGACUGGUGUGCCACGCAUCUUGAUCACGGCUGUCUGACCGGUCUUACGUCCGCCAUGUUCAUCGAUGAACACGACACCAGCCCGGCCGUUCCCUCCUCUGCAGCACCGGGGCAAUCCCUCCCCCUCCUAAACGAACUCGCCGCGUCUCCAGACCCCUCCGCCGGCCUGUACAUCAAGUCCCGUUCCGGCGAGACUUUCCAGGUCAAGAUCCCGCGCGACUGCAUCGCCUUCCAGACGGGCGAGGCGCUUGAACGCAUCACGGCUGGCCGCUUCAAGGCCGUCCCUCAUUUUGUCCGGGGUGUGCGUGCUAGUGUUAGUGGUGGAAGGAUUGCUAGGAACACGCUUGCUGUCUUUACCCAGCCUAACUUGGGCGAGGAGGUGGACAUUGAGCAGCAUCUCACCUUUGGAGAGUUUGCGAGGGGCAUUGUUUCCAAGAAUACCGUUUCAUGA